CGCCACAGUCGCCGCAGUUGCCUCCCCUGGUGGCCCCGCGGCCCUGCGGGGAGUCCGGGGGCCGGCUGGCCGCUCGGACUUGGCACGGGGCUGGCCUCGCCUCUCCCUCCCUCGGUGGGUCCUAGACAGUCGGGGCCGCGGGGACAUGGAACCCUCUCCUGCCACGGGGGGCUCGGAGACCACUCGCCUGGUGAGCUCCCGGGACCGCGGCGGCGCCGGUGGCGGCCUGCGUUUGAAGAGUCUCUUCACAGAGCCCUCAGAGCUCCUCCCCGAGGAGCCCAAACCUCUGGAGAUGCCCUUCCACCACUGCCACAGGGACCCCCUGCCGCAGCCGGGUCUCACCCCUGAGAGGCUGCAGGCGCAGAGGCAGCUGUGUGCCGCCUGUGCUGUAUGCUGUGUCUUCAUGGCCGGGGAGGUGGUCGGUGGGUAUUUGGCGCACAGCCUGGCCAUUAUGACUGAUGCAGCCCACCUGCUUGCAGACGUGGGCAGCAUGAUGGGCAGCCUCUUCUCCCUUUGGCUCUCUACCCGUCCAGCCACCCGCACCAUGACCUUUGGCUGGCACCGCUCAGAAUGGCCUUUGUGCUGCACCAGGCUGGGCCCCCCCACAGCCACGGGUCUAGGGGGGCGGAGUAUGCGCCGCUGGAGGAGGGGCCUGGGGAGCCCAUUCCCCUGGGGAACACCAGCGUCCGGGCGGCCUUUGUGCACGUGCUCGGGGACCUUCUGCAGAGCCUUGGGGUGCUGGCUGCCUCCGUCCUCAUCUACUUCAAGCCUCAGUACAAGGCUGCUGACCCCAUCAGCACCUUCCUCUUCUCCAUCUGUGCUCUUGGAUCCACGGCUCCCACCCUCCGAGAUGUUCUUCGUGUCCUCAUGGAAGGUACCCCCCGAAGUUUGGGGUUUGAGCCCGUGCGGGAUGCACUGUUGUCAGUGCCAGGAGUCCGGGCAACUCAUGAGCUGCACCUGUGGUCCCUUACGCUCACUUACCAUGUUGCCUCCGCACACCUGGCUAUUGACUCCACAGCUGACCCUGAAGCUGUCCUGGCUGAUGCCACAUCCCAGCUCCACUCCCGGUUUGGAUUCUCUAGCUGUACCCUGCAGGUCGAGCAGUACCAGCCCGAGAUGGCCCAGUGCCUGCGCUGCCGGGAGCCCCCGCAAGCCUGAGCCACGGCCCUACCCUCACCCCACUGCCAGGCCCAGGCUCAGCCCUGGGCUCUCAGCACCUUUCUCCCUGCUCAUGGAGAAGGGACAGAGCUGGGCCCGUACCCCUUCCUCUCUCCCUCCUUCCACCUGCCAACUCCCCCGCCCCCAGCCCCAGUGGGCAAGACCAAAGUGUGUGUGGGGAGUGGGGUGGGAGUCUGGCUGAGCAGGAGAAUCAGUGCACUCCGGGAUAUAAAAGUCCCAUGGUCCCCGCUCCCCACCAUCUGAGGAGCCGAGAGUGUCCUUUCCAUGCAGUUCAUUUGCCUGUGUGGCAAGCUGGCUGGCUGGCUGGCUGGCUGGGGGCAUCUGCCUGUCUGUGUGCUGUUGUUGUGCCUAUGCCUGGGGGAGGUCAGCAGGGGCCCCCUCCCCAUGUGGUCCUUGCUCUGUCUAUGCAGGAGCCCCAAAGUGUGCACUUUGUCCGUGUGUCCUAGCCCUGUGGUUUUGUCUUUGUGUGUGUGUGUUUCUUGGUGCUGUGGCCUGUGUGUCUCUGUGCCUGUGUGGCUGUGCUAUGGUCUCUAUGAGUCUGCACCAUCCAUGUGUCCAUUUGGGGGUCUGUCUCUCCAUCCCUCUUUUGGUGCUGUGCCCUCGGCUAUCGCAGAGAGAGGGAGGACUCCGCCACAGCUCCACCAAUAAACUUGUGUCCAACUGCAUCUUUCCGCCCCUGUGCUGACUCCUCAGGAGGGGGCAA